AUGGCCGCAGACACGAAGGUCACAUCGACUGGUGCGCAUGGCGGCGACCUCGAGGAUCCGACACAGCGACGUAGCUCGGUUGUCGUGGACAAGAACCUUGCCAGCGAAGAGGAUGCCGCUGUUCUCGCGAAGAUGGGCUACAAACAAGAGCUUCGCCGCAACUUCAGCAUGAUUGAGGUAUUUGGCAUUGCAUUUGCCAUUAUGGGGUUGCUCCCCUCGAUCGCGAGCACGCUCUCGUUCUCGAUUCCAGCGGGACCUGUAGGCCUUGUCUGGGGGUGGUUCCUUGCUUCAGGUUUCAUUUUCGUUGUCGGUCUUGCGAUGGCGGACCUCGGGUCAAGCAUGCCUACAAGUGGAGACAAUAGAUGUGAGGUGAGUAGGCUCUCUAUCCAACUUUAUUAUGCUUCGCCCAAGUGGAGAAACAUGCUUAGUUUCCUCGUCGGGUACAGCAACACUUUGGGUCUGGUGGGUGGACUAUGUUCAAUUGACUAUGGAUUUGCACUGCAAUUUCUCUCGAUCAUCGUGAUUUCCCGCGACGGCAAUUGGACACCUUCAAACGGGGAGGUCUACGCUACCUUCCUGGCCACGAUCGUCUGUCACGGCGUGAUCGCCUCGACAGCCGCCCAAGUCAUGGGCAAGCUUCAGACGGUAUUCGUCGUGAUGAACUUCGUUCUCAUUUUUGCGACAAUCAUCGCUUUACCGAUCGGGGCGAACAGUCGCAACAGCGCCUCGUACAUUUUCACGCAUGUCGAGAACCUGACGACCUGGCCUUCGGGUUGGGCAUUUAUGUUGUCGUGGUUGUCUCCCAUCUGGACGAUUGGCGGCUUCGAUUCGGCUGUGCAUAUCAGCGAGGAGGCGGCGAAUGCCGUCAAGGCGGUCCCCCUGGGCAUUUUGUUCUCGAUCGGGUCGUGCUGGCUCUUCGGCUGGAUCUGCUGUAUCGUCAUUGCGGCGUGCAUGUCGCAGGACCUCGAGCACAUCCUGGGUUCGCCGUUCGGUCAGCCCAUGGCUCAAAUAUACUACGAUGCGCUUGGGAAGAACGGAGCGAUGGGGUUCAUGGCCCUCCUGAUGAUUGUCCAAUUUCUGAUGGGAAUAUCCAUCUUGGUGGCCGCGUCCCGCCAGUCAUGGGCUUUCUCUCGAGACGGAGCCUUGCCGUUUUCCAAAUUCUUCCGACCCAUCUCUAAGCGGUUCGGAUACAUUCCUGUCCGUACAACCAUUGGGUGCGCUGCUUUGGCCGCAAUACUAGGAUUGCUCUGCCUGAUUGCGCCAGCAGCUGCAUCCGCGCUGUUCUCUCUUGCCGUCGCGGGCAACAAUCUGGCUUGGGGUACGCCCAUCUUGUGCAGAGUUGUCUGGGGCCAGAAGAAAUUCAGUCCAGGACCGUUCUACACGGGCAAAGCGUCGACAUUCAUCGCGUAUCUGGCUGUCACAUUCCUCGUUUUCGGAACGUUGCUCGCCAUGUUCCCCGUCGGUGGACCCAACCCGGAUGCGGACAGCAUGAAUUAUACCUGCGUCAUCAACUCGGCGAUUUGGGGUGGUGCCUUGCUGUACUAUUACAUCGACGCGCGCAAAUGGUUCAAGGGUCCUCAAAUAACGAUCGAUGUGGCUGAACUCACUGAGGAGCAGGAGGCGGCGUUGCGAGAGGAAGGGCUCAACGUGGAAGAAAGGGAUGGGAAGGCCGUUAUUGGAGGAGGGAGUGGAAACGUCAGUAGGGCUGCCGACGAGUCAACGUGA